UCACAGUAUUUCUAUCUCCAUAUUCUCCACAUAUACUAUUUAAAUUUUAUUAAAUUACAAUUAACAAUGACUAAUGAAAGUGCCUUUGAAGAUUUGAUGAAAUACUCUCGUAUAUGUCUUUCAAUGUCUGGAGCAUGGCCAUCGAAUAAAAAUAAAAAAUUAUCAAAAAUGUUGUUCUUGAUCAAUAUUACAAUUAUAACAAUUUGUGUACUCAUACCACAAAGCAUUAAAUUGAUUACAGUUCGUGAUAAUUUUGACCUCCUGACACAAACUCUUUCUACUGCUGAAUUACCGUAUUUGGUUGUUUUAACAAAAAUGAUCGUACUUUAUUACAAUAAAAAAAAUAUGACGACUCUCUACAACUACAUGGUUGAUCAUUGGAAAAAAAAUAGAAGUAAUAAAGAAUUAAAGAUAAUGAUGGAAAAUGGUGAGAAGGGUAAAAAAUUUGCUAUUUUUUGUAUAUUCUUGGGACAUGCAGCGGUAGUUUCACGUUUGAUUCAAUGGACAUUUGAAAAUUUAAAUAAUUGGAAUAAUCAAAAUCACUACAAAAAUUUUACAUUAUAUGUGGAAGCUUAUUAUCCGUAUACAUGGAAUUAUAGUCCAAUUUUUGAAUUAACUGUCGUUGUUGAAUUGGUUGCUUUAUAUUUGGGAAUGAUUGCUUAUACUAGUACUGACGGUUAUUUCUGUCAAAUUGUUUUUCAUCUUUCUGGAGAAUAUCUUGUUUUAGGAUUAGAACUCAUAGACAUUGUCAAUACUUUUAAUGUUGAAAAAGUUGAUUAUGAAUUUGAUAAAAAAUUUCGUCGCAUCGUUGAUGUUCAUGACCAUAUAAGAAGUUGUAUCGCAAUCCUAGAGAGCACUUUCUAUUUGAUGUUUCUGGUCCAAUUGAUCGCUAACAGUAUCGAAUUUUGUGUGCAGGGUUUUCUUCUUGUUUUGUUAUUGUUUUUGUAUUUUCAGUAUGUAAACGACAAAAAUCCGACUUCAAUGUUAAUAGAUGUCCUUUUUAUAAUAGUAUUUCUCAUAUGUAUGAUUGGAAAUUUUUAUGUGUAUUGUUAUUUGGGUGAACAGCUUCAGAUGCAAGUAAAUAAUUUCAGCAACAAUUUACCCUGCAUAUACAUAGGGGAGACUGGGGCAAACCGGACAGGUAGUUUUAUGUUUGCUGAAAGAGCUUAUGAUUGUCUGUGGUACCAGUUGCCGCCUCAGAAAGCAAAAUAUUUACUUCUUCUAAUGCAGUCUGGACAUAAACCAGUGGCAAUAACAGCUGGUAAAUUUUGCGUUCUCAAUUUUGUUUUGUUUCACAAUAUCAUUAAAACAUCAAUGGCCUUACAUGUUUUGACAACAUACACUCGCUUAAGUCUUGCAUGGUUUGGAGUAUGGCCAUCUCAUACAAAUAAAACAUUAUCAACAGUGUUAUUUUUUAUCAGUAUCACAAUCAUAACAUUGACUGUUGUCAUACCACAAGGCAUUAAAUUAAUCCAAGUUCGAGAUAAUUUUGACCACAUGACCCACAUUAUUUCAGUUGCAGAAAUACCAUAUUUGAUUGCAUUGACAAAAAUGAGCGUACUUUUUUAUAAAAAAGAAAAAAUGACGAUUCUCUAUAACAACAUAGUUAAUCAUUGGAAAGAAACAAGAAGUAAUGAAGAAAUAAAGAUAAUGAUGAAAAAGGGUGACGAGGGUAAAAAAAUUGCACUCUUAUGUAUGUUCUUGGGACAUGCAGCAAUGAUUGCGCGUCUUAUACAAUGCAUAUUUGAAAAUUUAAGUAAUUGGAGUAGUUCAGAUCACUACAAAAAUUAUACUUUAUUUGUUGAAGGCUAUUAUCCAUUUACUUGGAAUUAUAGUCCAGUUUUUGAAAUAACUUACAUUAUUCAAUUAUUUGGUUUAUAUUUAGGAAUGGUUGCCUACUCUGGCACUGACGCUUUUUUUAGUCAAAUUGUUUUACAUCUUUCUGGGGAAUAUCUUAUUUUAAGUAUAAAACUUACAGACAUUGUCAAUACUUUUAAAAUUACAAAAGUUGAUUAUAAAUUCGAUAAAAAAUUUGGCCACAUUGUUGAUCUUCACGACCAUAUAAACAGUUGUAUCACAAUUUUAGAAAACACUUUCUAUUUAAUGUUUCUGGUUCAAUUGAUUGGUUGCAGUAUACAAUUUUGUAUGCAAGGUUUUCUACUUGUAUUAUAUAUAAAUGGAAAAAAUUCCACUUCGAUGUUAAUAGAUGUCAUUUUUAUAUUAGUAUUUCUUACAUAUAUGAUUGGAAAUUUUUAUGUAUACUGCUAUUUGGGAGAACAGCUACAGAUACAAAGUUUUGCAUUUGCUCAGAGAGCUUAUGAUUGUGUGUGGUACCACUUGCCUCCUCAGAAAGCAAAAUGUUUGCUUCUCCUAAUGCAAUCUGGUCACAAACCAGUACCAAUAACAGCUGGUAAAUUUUGCGUUCUCAAUUUACUUCUGUUUCGAAGUAUAAUUAAAACAUCUAUGGGUUAUUUGUCAUUUUUGAUAACAACAAGGCAAAGCAGUAAAUAAUAAUAAAAGUGUUUCAAAAUGCCAUUUAAUUGGUAAAAUAGUAAAAUUAUAGAAAAUUAUAAGAAAAUAAAAACCAAAAAUAUUUUCUCCAUUUAUUUUUUUUAUAAAAAGUUGUUGUUCAAAUAUUUUCCUUGAUUAUUAGUAAAGAGUAAUAAUAACUUGUAAAAUAGAAUCAAUUAUGUUACCCUCAUAAGGGAUCAUUCACAUACCUGUAAUGAAAGCUUCAAUUAUAUCUUUUUUUUUAAGUUUAUAAUAA